UUUUCCAUGUGGACAUUUGUGCCUAUAGAAAACCACUGUGAUUUUACAGGGAUGAAGACACAGAAAUAUCCUGACAUGGGAAUGAAUGCUUGGUUAAAAACACUGAACAUAAACGACCUGCUGAUAUCAGAUAUUUUGUGUGAGGGUCUUAGGUGCAUGUUAACGCACAAAUAAGCUCCUCUCUUCAUGACAGACUUCACAUUUUUAAUCCUUAAUCUCUGAGGCGGUUUAAUUAGACGCACUCAACUUGUUAAUGAAUGCUGCGUUUAAGGACCUGUAAGCAAAGAGGUGCAGGCAAAGCGUUUUAAUAAGUAUUCAGUUUCAAAUUGGCUCCAGCUUGAACGCUCCGCCUGCUCUCGUCGAGGAUAUUGACUUUCCCGCAAGUUAAAGUAUUUAAAUGUAGAGGGAGACAGAUGCUGUAUGCGGACUGGAGGCGACCACAAGAAACACACGUGUGGGAGGAUGGUUGACGUUGGAGUUUUACUAUCUGUGCAUCUUAUAGAAGGACGGCUGUGGCAGCGGGGCUGUAACUGCGCACAAGACGAGUAAAGCCGCGUUGCUGCCGGAAAUUCACGGGGCGCAUCUAAGCGCUGGUGCGCAAAGACCCGUGCGUAAAUCCUAAAAUAAUCCGUCACAGGAUUUAUUGCGACUCGAAACCUCAAUCAAGAGCUUCCUCACUUGAGAGAGUGAUUGACACGAGGGGGAUCUGAUGGAGGUCGUUCGGUGACAGCAACACUUUCUCCCGACUUUCAGUCUGGAUUGGCACCGCGGCGCAUUCAAACGUCUGGACUUCCUACAGUACAGUGAAGAGUGGAUCCUCUACCCGCACGAGACUGACAGUUUUUGGAUCUCUUAAUUCUCACGGCUAUCGCUUUCUGUGUGCAACAAGACGAGGAUAAAAACCGAGCUGAAAUCCCCACCAGGAGGAACUUUAUUUCCUAGAGCUUCCAGCACCGCACCAGUGGAGUAUUCAUGAAGCAAUAUUUGAACUAUUACAAGAUGAGGCUGAGAACAUCGAGGUUAGGUUAUCUGUUAAUCCAGUUCACGGCGCUUUGCUUUUACGCACAGAACACUGUGCAGUCUCCUCCUAACUUCAAGCACCAUGUCACCGAGCAGAGCCGGCUGUCGGACCGGAUGAGCCGCAGGUUGACGCGAACCUACCAGCUGUACAGCAGAACCAGCGGGAAACACGUCCAGGUCCUGGCCAACAAGAGGGUCAACGCCAAUGGGGACGACGGCGCGGUGCAUGCUAAACUGGAGGUGGAGACAGACUCUUUUGGAAGUCGUAUCCGUAUUAAAGGGGUGAAGACAGGAUACUACAUAUGUAUGAACAAGCGGGGGAAGCUGAUCGGCAAGCGGAAAGGACGAGGCAAAGACUGCAUCUUCACGGAGAUUGUUCUGGAAAACAACUACACUGCGCUCCAGAACGCCAAGUACGAGGGCUGGUACAUGGCUUUCACACGCAAGGGGCGCCCGAGGAAGGCCUCCAAGACCAAGCAGCACCAGAGGGAGGCCCACUUCAUGAAGCGCCUACCCAGGGGGCACUUGCUGAGCGAGAGGAGACCGUUUGAUGUCCUUCCUCUCGCCGUCCCCGUACACCCUGUGAGCAAGCGGACUAAACAUUCCCAUCACCAGCGCUCAGGGGGCCGCUGAGGACUGAAACCACUGAGGGAGAACUGUGGACAGACCAGCCACAGGAGAACCACUACAAGAGAAAUGAAGUGCUCCCCGAGAAAUUAACUUUUACAGUCAAGUGCCCAUACACUUUUUGCCUCAUUUUGUGGACUUAUGUAAUUCUUUGUACUGGAUUGUAUGUAAACAUUGACUAUCUAAUCUGCUAGUUAUUUCCAAUUCAGACAGACUUUAGGACAGAUUUUUACUUAUUAAAUCAGGGGGAAUUGAAGCGCAGAAGUGUUCAACAAUAUUGUCAUGAGUGAAAACCUUUGGUUAGAAGUUAAUCAGCUCAGCAACAAAGAAUGUUUAAAAAGAGAAGUGAGUACAAUGAAGCUAGACACGGCAGCUAUAUGUGGAUUUUCUUGUGGUUACAGCAUUUGAGUCUCAGUUGACAUGCUAUCUUGCCUUUAGGAGGCCAUUAUGGAGGAUUUUUAACCUGUUUUUUUUUUCUACAUAUAUGAAUAUAUUUUUACUGUAAAAAUGUAAAUGAUGUCAAAUGAUGGAAAUAUUUAUUGUAGAGUGUAUAUUAAAACCACUAAAGAAUCCGUU